CAAUCACACACUGCACAAUGAAAAACAAUAACGACCCACCAGUUACCCACCUGUUCUUCCUCCUCGUCCUUCUCGGAAUCCCUCUCGCCGCCGCACAAGACCAACCCAGUGACUCACCCUACCCAAAUCUCAACAAGUUCAACCCUUCCUUUGCAAUAAUCAUUGUUAUAUUGGUUGCUGCUCUUUUCCUCAUGGGCUUUUUCUCCAUCUACGUUCGCCACUGCGCCGAUUCGCCGCCGAACAGCCUUCACCCCCUCACCAACGGCAGGUCAAGGAGGGCGGCGCGUGGACUCGACGCGGAGGUGAUCGAGACAUUCCCAAUCCUCGAGUAUUCCGAGGUCAAGGUUCACAAGAUUGGAAAAGAGGCGUUGGAAUGCGCCGUUUGCUUAUGCGAGUUCGAGGAAACCGAAACGCUGCGUUUGAUUCCCAAGUGCGACCACGUUUUUCACCCGGAGUGCAUCGACGAGUGGUUGGCUUCCCACACAACCUGCCCCGUUUGCCGAGCCAACCUCGUUCCCAUCGCCGGCGAGUCCGUUCACGACGUUCCGGUGACGAACCCUGAGUCAACAGAUGUCGAAGCCCAAAACGACGCCGUCGAAUCCGCGCCAGAACAACAAAACGCGGACGCUGAGCGUGUCUUGUCGGAGCCAGAAGUGGUUUCCUUGGAUAAAACGCUGAACAGAAACCGGACGCGGGGUUCUUCGCGAGGUUCUCGGUCGAACCGGCCACGCCGUUUGCCCCGGUCGCACUCGACCGGGCAUUCGUUGGUCCAACCGGGUGAAAACACUAAACGGUUCACUUUGAGACUGCCCAUGGAUGUGAGGAAGCAGAUAAUAAACCGGCAGUUGGAACGUGCCAGCAGCUUGAUUCUAUUCCCCAGAGAAGGUAGCUCAAGGCAAGGUUACCGAACCGGUGGCGAGGGGAGUAGUAGGGGCAAGUUUUCGAGGCGGCUGAACCGGAGUUUUAAAUCGGACCGGUGGGUUUUCACUAUGACUCCCCCAUUCUUAGUUAGGGAAUCGUCGAUUAGGUUCCCAAAAGUAGGUAAUGACGCCGAUGAAGGGGGUUCCUCCGUCGCCUCCGUUACGCCGCAUUCGGCCGUUGACUCAAAUCGCCUUCCAGUUUGACAGUCAUUUGGGUUAUGGUCUUUUGCCCCAACAUCAACAUUUCAUUGUUUUUUGUUUUUUUUUGGGGCACGAUUUUGUUUUCGAUUUAAAAUUUGUAAAAUGUGUAUCAUGAAAAAUUGAUA